AUGAGCCGAAAGCCCUGCCCGAGUGGUUACGUGCCGUUGGCGAUGAUGAUGAUGCUGGUGCUUUUCGACGCCCUGCCACGACAGCUGAUGGCAAGUGAAAGUGCCGCCAAUCGGAAGUCUGCACCGAACCACACGAAGGAGCUCAAUCGGAACAUUAUCAAUACGGUGUUCGAACGUACCCGACCGACCGGCAGUGAGAGACGUGGCCGGGAGGUAACCAUCCUGGGGCUGUUCGAGCUCAGCUCCAAGGGUGGCGGGGAACGUCGGGAGGGGUUCAGCGAGCUGGCAGCGGCACAGCUGGCGGUGCAACACAUCAAUCGCAGAGGGUUGCUGUUGGGCUACAAGCUAAAGCUCAUCACGAACGACACAAAGUGUGAUCCUGGCGUUGGGAUUGAUCGAUUCUUCCACGCACUCUAUACGCACCAGAGCAAGCGCAUCAUUAUGGUGCUCGGGUCGGCCUGUUCCGAGGUUACGGAAAGCCUGGCCAAAGUCGUCCCCUACUGGAACAUUCUGCAGGUCUCGUUUGGUUCCACCUCGCCGGCGCUGAGUGAUCGUAGGGAGUUUCCGCUGUUCUAUCGCACCGUUGCACCGGAUUCGUCGCACCAUCCCGCCCGGAUAGCGUUCCUGAUGCGGUUCGGCUGGGACACGGUGGCCACCUUUUCCCAGAACGAGGAAGGCUACUCGCUGGCGGUGAACGAUCUCGUGACGGAACUCGAGCGGGCGAACAUUACGUGUGCCGCCACCAUUUCCUUCGCCGAAACCGAUUUUAAGGAGCAGCUGAAGCUGCUGCGGGAUCGAGACGUACGAGUGAUUAUCGGGAGCUUUUCGCAUGAAAUUGCCCCUCAAGUGUUCUGUGAGGUGUACAACCUGGGCAUGUACGGUGCGGAGUAUGCCUGGAUACUGCAGGAUACGUACAUCUCGUCCUGGUGGUUGUCGGGCACGGAGUCGUCCGUCUGCUCCUCCAAAGCCCUGCUGACGGCAGUGGAGAACUUAAUAAUCGUAUCGAGCUACAACAGCAUCGUCGGGAUGGGUACGGCCCUGAGUGGAUUAACGAACGAUAUCUUCCUGCAGAAGCUUCGGGAAAUGAAUGUCACCGGGACGGUGUCGCAGUUCGCUCCCCAAACGUACGAUGCCGUGUGGGCGAUGGCACUGGCACUGCGCGGUGCCGAGAAGUCCUGGUCCCAGCUCGAGGUCGCGAACCGCGUCCAUCUGGCGGACUACGAUUACACCCGGUACGACAUCGCGCAGGAGCUGCUGCGCCAGUUCGAUCUGCUGAAGUUUAACGGCAUCUCGGGGCCGGUAUCGUUCGAGGGUGCGGAUCGCAUCGGUACGACCUCGUUCCAUCAGAUACAGCGCGGCCAGCUGCAGAUGAUUGCGUUCUACUAUCCGAAGAAUGCAACGCUGGACUUUGGCUGCCGGUACUGUGUGCCGAUUGUGUGGGCCGGCGGACAAGUGCCGAUAGCGAAGCGUAUUUUAAGGCUGCGCGUCGACACGAUCGACCCGCUGGCGUUCUACACGGUGUUGAUCCUUUCGCUGGUGGGCAUCGGGAUUUCGGUGCUAUUUCUUGGCCUGAAUCUGCGCUUCCGGAAGCUAAAAGCGAUCAAACUAUCGAGCCCGAAACUUAGCACCAUAACCGUGUGCGGAUGUAUUCUCGUCUACACGGCGACAAUUCUCCUAGGGCUGGACCACUCCACACUGCCCUGGUCGAGCGUUACCUUCUCAACGAUCUGUAUGGCACGCAUCUACUUCCUAUCGGCCGGAUUUUCGCUCGCAUUCGGCUCAAUGUUUGCCAAAACGUUCCGAGUGUAUCGCAUCUUCACGCAGAGUGCGGGUGGCCUCUGCCGGGACAAGAUACUGCGGGACACCCAGCUGAUCUCUGUCAUCGGUGCGCUGCUGCUCGUGGAUGCGUUUGUCGUCUCGUUCUGGAUGGCGGCCGAUCCAAUGGAGCGGCACCUGCAUAAUCUCUCGCUCGAGAUAAGCGCUACCGAUCGGAGCGUUGUGUUUCUGCCCCAGGUCGAACUUUGCCGCUCGCGGCACUACGAAAGCUGGCUGGGAAUGCUGUACGCGUACAAGGGUUUGCUGCUGAUCGUCGGUGUGUAUAUGGCGUGGCAGACGCGAAAUGUGAAGAUAUCGGCACUGAAUGAUUCCCAGUACAUUGGCAUCUCGGUGUACAGUGUGGUGAUCACCAGUGCCAGUGUGGUGGUUCUGGCCAAUCUGCUCUACGAGAAGGUAACGCUAGCGUUCAUCAUCACCGCCGGGUUUGUGCUAAUAUCGACGACGGCAACGCUGUGCCUGCUGUUUCUGCCAAAGAUAAAGGACAUAUUCGAGAAGGGUGAGGUGUACGAUCCAAUCAUACACAGCAUGGGACUAAAGCUGGAGUUUAACACACGCCGCUUCGUGUUGGAUGACCGGCGAGAGCUUCAGUUUCGGGUCGAGGUCCAGAAUCGGGUGUACCGGAAAGAGCUGGAGCUGUUGGACGCCGAAAUUUGUCGCCUGGAACGGUUACUUCAGGACCGAUCACCCCAAAGCUCUCCGCGCUCUUCCGAACCCAACCUGCAAGAUACGCGAUCUUGUUCGAUUGCACGUGCGCACGGGUCGAGUGGACUGCCGAUGCUGCUACUCUCGGUACUUCCACCGAUAAUUCCACGUGCUAGCUGGCCUUCGGUCGAUCCCAUGCUAUCACCCAUGAAGCGUAAUAUUGCCUUCAGCUCGCAGCCAAAAAUAGAUCCCGCAGUAACGACAGCAGGGCCGGUUAAUAGUAGAGAACGCAUCCUUACAUCCAACAGUCGGUGUAGCGUUGAUGAGCCACCGUCACUGGUGACACCGAGCGGAACCGGUUCCGGAGUGAUGGGCAAGAUUCGACACAUGUUCACUCCGAGACUACAGAAAACACCUUCCGUGUCGAUGAUUGGAACACCGGGCACAUCCACCACAGCGAUCCGUAAGUCGGCACUGACGAUAUUCAACGAAAUCGACACCGAAGACGAUCUGCCGUUCGCCGUACCACAGUCGAUCUACACGAUCAGCAAGCCGAAAAGUGAAGAGCUUAAUCUGACGGGUUCGGAGCCGAGGGUUAACUUCGUGCUGCCACCGACGGGACGGCGGCGUUCGUCGAUCGUUCAACAGGGUGGUCCGGUGCGGGAGCGUAUCCGUGGUUCGCCACGAUUCCCGCAUCGCAUCUGUCCGCAGACGACAAGCCUUACGGAGCUGGGCAUAGAGCGACCGCGGAUCAGCUUCCUAACAGUGAAAAGUUGUGAGCAGAUCCAUGGCAAACAGUGUGAAUCUCGCGCCAAAUGGAAGUCGAUGGAUUCGUUCUCGAAGAGCAUUGGUUCGCAGUAG